CAUCCAAACUAAUGAGAGCCGGAUAAUGCGCAACGUUCCCUCCGGUGUGUAUCGACAGAUCGCCAUUAAUAAAUUGUUAUAAAAAUGGACAGUUUUGGAUUCGGUGUACUUGGAGACAUUUUUGCUUCUGGCUCAGGGUCAGCGAGAGAAGAAGAAACUGCCUCUCGUCCAAAAGCCUCGCCGAGGACAGAGCCCGUUGUCGACUACACUCCUCCAGAAAUCGCAGCUUUUCAGGCUUCAACCGCACAAAAGACCACAAAAAAGUAUACUGGGUUAUCCGAUGCGCUGUUACCCAUUAAAAUAUCUCAAGUGUUACGCUGUGUUAGUGACGAAAAUUUGAAAUUUGUCCUAUACAACAACCCAGUAGGAUCCAUUUGUCUAAUUGGCAAAGCAACUAACAUUGACAAAUUGGCUUCUGCCAUACAAUUCACCUUAGUGGAUGAAACGGGGCGGAUUGCUGUACAUUAUAAUUAUGAAGGAAUAUUCAUUAAUGAUGGUGAUCAUGUGCAAGUCGUAGGAACAGUUGUAUUGUUAACUUCAGAGAACUAUUACAUUGAUGCUCAGCAUGUAAUGAUUUUAGAUUUACAGAAAUACAACUAUGAGGAACUCCUUGCUUAUCACAACGUAUCGGUUGCCUAUGCGGCGUAUAAUUUGGAUCUUGGAGCUAAGUUAGAUCUUUCCAAGAAGCAUGAAGGGAAGAUUGUUCAUCUUCCUGGCCACAGACAAGGAUCAAUCACCGUGGCUGAACUAGAUUCAGUUGAAUUGGAUGCUAUAUAUGCUCAUAUCGUUGACCCUAUCGAGCGACUAAUCAUUAAGUACCUCAAGAAACGCCAGGACACGGUGGCUAAACGCAAGGAGCUCGUAGCGUGUUUAUCGGAACAAUACGUGGAUUCUGUAAUCGAGGAGGCAAUCAACCGCUUAGAGCAAGAGGCGGAAAUCGCGUGUACUAAAGACUUGAUUUGUCUUCCUAUUUAGCUGUUUACAUUGUUGAUAUCAAUUAGUUUACCAGUUGCAGCCAGUACAUCACUUUGUACAGCGGUGCCAAGUUCCCGGCCGGUUCGAUUAGACUUCCAUUUCCCAUUUUCGGGGGAGAAAUAAUCAACACCACUAAAUGAGCUAUACCAUAUCUGCUGUGAAGCUUCAUGU